AUGACAGAAAAAGAAGAAUCAGCAGAACAAAGAGAAAAUCCAAAAGAUCCCCCAGAAAAUGGCAGUAAAGGAGAGUUGUUGGGGGCUGCCAAGAAGCUUCCCCCUGGCAAGAGACAGCUGAAGAAACAGGAGUCAACCCACACCCCACUAACGACCCCUUUCCUGACAGGUGUUAUUGUAGCCACCCCGACCGGCAGCACCGCGUACGCAGCAGCAACUGGAGCCAGCAUUGUGGCACCCUCUGUUCCUUGCUCUAUUAUUACCCCCAUCUGUCCUCACUCCCUCUCCUUUAGACCCAUCAUGGUACCUCUUAACUGCAUCUUGAAGUGCAAGCUCAACAAUGAUGCGAGAGGAGAUGCUCUUAUCUCUUUCGACGGCAGACACAGACAAGACUUCACCAAAAACCAUGUAGUUGAGAUGAGCGCCUCAGAGUACCCAUUACCAUGUAUAGACAAAGAGGGCUCAAUGCAGGACUGGUUUAACGGACUGCAAAACACAUUACAGUGGAACGGUCGGAGCGUAGCUCAGAAACCGCUGGAUAAGAAAUAAAGGACAGGGAAUUAUGGGUUUUGGAGGUUUUCGUACAACUUCCUUUGUCAGGAAAUAUUAAUUUAGAGCCCCCAGGGUUACUCUGCUGAUUAGCGAGACUCUUGCUGAGGUGUGUUAUCAUUUCAGUUUUGUAGGUGAAGUUAUCGCUUCCUGUUGAAGUAGAAUGUUGAUUUUAAAUUUAAAGUUUAUUUUGGACUAAUUAUAAAUCCUGUUUUUAACUUUGUGGGGUUAUCCUGACCAGUACACGUGCAUGUCAUUUGACGGGGCUACAUUGAAAUAGGCCCUUGCCAAUCAUUCUUUCCUUUCAACUUAUCACGAGAUAAAAUUACAAUAUCAUAAUUAAUCAGAUUAAAUGAUUCGUUUCAUAAUAUGUUUAUCUCUCUCAUAUUGUAAAACCUCAUAAAUAUUCAUAUUUCUAGGAAAGGAACUAUCGCGAUAUCAUUACCCGUAUUUUAUCACCCUUAUCAAAUUUAGAAUCGUCUAAUCUUUAAACAUUGUCUUAUCCUUAAAGAUAUUAGAAAAGAGAAAGCCUUUUGGAUAUAGUCCUACUUUUGAAUUUGAAUUCCAAAUUAGAAUAUUAUGCGGUGAUGAUACGCAAACCUCAGGUACCAAUUAAUAUUUAACAGUUUUAAAUUUGUAUAUUAAAGUAUGAGAAGUUUUAUUCAAUAUCUGUACGCAUUAUAGUAUCAAGUUAACCGUAUGAGACGAAGUUAUUAGACUAUGCGUAAUUUGUGGAUUGUCAAGUUAAAGAUUAACUAUUAAUCACUUUUCAAUAAUUUCAUGUCAGACAAACAUUUGGAGUUGUAAAGUGUUGUUUCGAACAAUUAUGUAUCUUUGACUGUUGAUAAUUUGAAUCAUACCUCAAAGAAUUCUAUACAA